AUGUCUACCAACACCACAAUACCGCUGACGCCCCUGUCGUCUACUUCCCUCUCGUUUGUGGGAACUUCCUCGAAAACCACUAUGCUCAUCAUAAUCUCUACAUAUCUCCUCAUAGUCCACUUCCUUCGCCUAUCGAGAAAAUACUACAUGAUUAAAAAAUUCGGAUAUAAAACCCGAGAAUCAUUGAAAAACAUGACAAAUACGGAUGCGCAAGCAAUCAUCGGUCACAUAGGUGAAUUAGAAUUCCCCCGUUUCUACGUAACCAGUCUUCAAUUCGCUCUCUUUAAAACCUACGGCAUACCUACAAUAUCCAAACUUCUCGUCGACACAAAGCAAUUCAGUUCCAAGGAAACAGCGAGUAAACGCUAUGCGGAUACAACAGUUUUGAUUGCAGAAUUUUCUUCUCAUCAUCCUCUUCACCCUAGAGUUUUAAAAGCAAUUUCGAGAAUGAAUUAUUUGCAUUCAGGAUAUCAAAAAGCGGGGAAGAUUUCGAAUGAGGAUUUGCUUUAUACAUUGAGCGUUUUCAUUACGGAGCCGAUUAGUUGGAUUGGGGAUUGGGAGUGGAGAACACUGAAUGAGAUGGAGAUUUGUGCAAUUGCUACGUUCUGGAAAGGGAUCGGUGAUGCGAUGGGCAUUUCUUAUCAUGAUCUUCGUCGUUUCAAUGAAUGGAGUGAUGGGAUUGAAUUUUUCGAGGAUAUCAAGAAGUGGGCAGAAGAUUAUGAGAGAGAAUUCAUGGUUCCCAAUGUGUAUAACAAGAAAACGGCUGAUGAAUUGGUUCCACUUCUGUUGUUCCUUGUCCCAAAGGCACUACUACCCUUUGCGAGAGAUGCAGUUGGGGUUCUUAUGGGCCCUCUUCUUCGGUCCGCAAUGAUCUAUCCGGAACCUUCGCGCCUCAAUAAAUCACUCACUAUCUCUAUACUACGCAGUCGUCAAUUAUUUCUCCGCUACCUAUCACUCCCAAGACCAGAAUGGAUGAGAGUUAGACAAGUCUCGAAGUCGGAUGAUAAAGGGGUGGAUGGGAGGUAUCAUAGUACCGAUUAUCUCGUGCAUCCGUAUUAUCAACUCCCGGGUUUCUGGAAUCGUUGGGGUCCGAUGGCUUUGGUUACGAGACUUAUGGGUGGAUUUGUACCGGAUAAUAAGAGGAGCGAUUGGUUUACAGAGGGGUAUAGUUUUGAGGAGGUGGGGCCUGAUAGGAGAAGAGGACAGGGUAGGGAUGAGAUGAGGGACACGGAAGAGAAAUUGGAGAGGGAGAGAACUUCAGGGUGUCCUUUUGCUUUCGGAAAGUAA